AUGUCUACAUUUUUCUCGGAUAAGGUAACCAAGCUUGAAUCUUCCAUUUCAUUUGACGAUAUUCUCAUCAAGCCUGCCUAUUCUAACGUCCUUCCCACCGAAACUGAAGUGAGUCUUACCCUAAGCAAUGGGAUUGUGAUGAAGGUUCCUGUUUUCUCGGCGGCAAUGGAUACUGUUACCGGAUAUGAGAUGGCUAGGGCUAUGGCCGCUUCGGGUGGCUGCGGGCCACUUCACAAGAAUACCACAGUUGAGGAGAAUAUCGAGUCCCUGAAGAAAUUAAAGGAGGAAUUUGGAAACGAGAAACCGAUUUGUGUUUCGGUUGGAGUUUCUAACACACACGAUGAGAUAAAGCGAUUGAUAGAAGCGGGAGCCAAUACUGUGAUGAUAGAUUGUGCUCAUGGGCAUUCGGAGAAUGUUGGUGUUCUUACUAAAUGGAUAUCUGAAAACUUUCCGGAUGUAUAUUUGAUAGCCGGUAAUGUUGUAACCAAGGAAGGAGCCGAAUUCCUAAUUUCUAGAGGAGCUAAGGCCGUUAAGGUGGGAAUGGGAUGUGGUUCCACAUGCACAACAAGGAAGGUUACUGGAGUUGGUAGGGGUCAGAUCAGUUCUAUAGUUGAGGUUGCAGACUAUUGUAAGGAUAAAGGAAUAAUGGUUAUUGCGGAUGGGGGGAUUAGAUCCAAUGACGAGAUAAUGAAGGCCAUUGCGUGCGGAGCAGAUGCGGUGAUGAUGGGAUAUAUGUUUUCUGGAUGUGAUGAGUGCCCUGGGGAGAUAGUGGAGAUGGAUGGAGAGAAGUACAAGUACUAUAGAG